AUGGAUAACGGCGAGUCGAAAUCGGAUCGUGACCAACGAGUCGCCCGACUCUGGGAGCGCCUGGACACCCGAGGAGAAGGUCAUCUUGAUUUUCAUGGCUUAAAAAAGGGGCUUAAAAAGAUUGAUCACCCUCUCAAGAAUGCAGACAGUAUGCUGCGCAGUAUCAUCGAGGCAGUCGAUACCAAUGGAGAUGGCUAUAUAGAUUAUCCUGAGUUCCGCGCCUUCGUCGACCACACUGAAGUCGGAUUAUGGCAGCUGUUUGAGAGCAUCGACCACAACCACAAUGGAGAGAUUGAUAAGAACGAACUGAAAACUGCCUUCUCCAAUUCCGGGGUAACGGUUUCAAACGCCAAGUUGGAAGAGUUCUUUGCGGAGGUCGACAGGAACAAGGAUGGCGUCAUCUCUUAUGCAGAGUGGAGGGAUUUCCUGCUCUUUUUGCCCGCCUACUCGUCCUCCAACCUGCGUUCCGUCCUUUCAUAUUAUACGGCCACGGGCAAUCUAAACCCGGAAGGAGAUGUCCACAUCAAUGAUCUGCAGGGUUUAGGUACAGACCUCUCGUUUCUUAGAUGUUAUAUCUUGGCCAUCCAGGACCUCUUGCACAAGAUUUCCCCAGUGCACCUCUUGACCAGCGUCCUCCCCUCAGCUUAUGCAGAAACCGGCGGAGCACCAGAGCCUGGAUUCGCGUUCGAGACUGCUUCCGCAUCGUUCGAUGGUGAUCUGGAACUGGAGUGGCUGCCCAUACCCAGGACUGUCGCCAUGUGGAUGUCCUUUCGAUAUUAUGAACAAAAGUUAACCGAGAACACUCCUCAACUAGGCUACUUUCUUGCGGGCGGAAUUGCAGGAGCCGUAUCACGGACAGCCACUGCGCCUCUAGAUCGGCUCAAAGUGUACCUGAUCGCUCAGACUGGCGUGAAGCAGUCCGCAGUGCGCGCGGCCAAGGAUGGGGCGCCGUUGCGUGCGGCGGGAAAGGCGUCCAAGACACUUGCCGAGGCUGUCAAAGAAUUAUGGCGUGCGGGGGGACUUCGGAGUUUGUUUGCGGGGAAUGGCCUGAAUGUGGUGAAGGUCAUGCCUGAGUCAGCCAUCAAAUUCGGCGCCUACGAGUCAGCCAAACGCGCGUUUGCCCGUCUUGAAGGUCACAAUGAUACGAAGCGGCUCAAACCAACUUCCCAGUUUCUAUCCGGAGGCUGCGGUGGAAUGGUCGCACAAUGCUUCGUUUACCCCCUCGAUACUCUGAAGUUUCGGAUGCAAUGUUCAACUGUUGAAGGUGGUCCGCGAGGCAAUCAGCUCAUUGCAGCCACGUUCAAGAAGGUCUGGAACCAGCACGGAAUUUUCGGCUUUUUCCGUGGCCUACCGCUCGGUCUAGUCGGAAUGUUUCCCUACGCUGCAAUUGAUUUGACGACAUUCGAGUACAUGAAGCGAGCCUUGCUAGCACGUAAAGCUCGGCUGCAUAACUGCCACGAAGACGACGUCCCACUCAACAACUUCACUACCGGAGCCAUUGGUGCCACUAGUGGAGGCUUCAGUGCCUCCAUGGUCUAUCCUCUGAACGUGCUCCGAACGAGAUUGCAGGCUCAAGGCACUAUCCUCCAUCCCACCACAUACACUGGCAUCCUUGAUGUUGCCCGCAAAACCAUCCAGGCAGAAGGUUUGCGUGGCCUUUACAAGGGCCUCACGCCUAAUCUCCUCAAGGUAGCACCCGCGGUCUCGAUUAGCUACGUUGUCUACGAAAACGCCAAACGAGCUCUCGGGUUGAGGUGACGGCCACGAAGAGAAGAACGACUCAUGUGGCCCUUCCCCUCUUGGCCCCUUUAACCGCCCAGCGCGUUUCAUUUCCGCUUGCCUCGAUUUUUAGAAUUUA